AUGAUUCAGGGAAACCCUAAGAUUCUCCUGGCUGCCAGUCCCGUGUUUCACGGCCGGUACACGGAUAAGAACCUGCCAUUCGAGCUCGUUCCGGUAACGACACGUGGCGGCGACGUCUCCGUGCAGAUUCGCGUGCGCGUCGAUGAUCUCACGAGCUUCACGGCUAGAGGAUCCUCGAGGACGAGGAAGGAGGCAGAGCGGCAGUGCGCCAUCGACGCCUGCUUCCAUCUCAAGGACCUAGAUCUGCUACGGUUGCCCGAAGAAGCAGCGCCUCAUCUUGCUGCUAUCUUAGGCAGUGGACCCGGAUCAAGUGGAAGGGGAGGAGGGGGGGGAGGAAGGGGUGGAGGGGGUGGAGGGGGAGGGAGUAGUGGUGGGCUGUCGUCCGUGUGGGCGGAGAACCCCAAGAACUUUCUGCAGCACUGUCCGGUGUUCAAGGACUGGAUCGUCAACAAGGGAGGGAAGCUCAAUAUCCGGGUUUCCUCUGCAGGCCCUGACCACGGCAAGUCAGUGCCCCCCCCCCCUCCCUUCAAUCUUCCCUCAAGCCUCUUCUAUCUUUAUCUCCCUUACUCCUCCAUCUCCCCCCCAUCCCCCCUCCCCUCCUCCUUCCCCAGGUGUUCUAUGCAGAGCAGAGCUGGAUGUGUUCUAUGCGGAGCUGUAUGUUCUGCUGAGGAGGUGGGGCGGGCAGACCCACAGUUCCCCGUGUUCUAUGCGGAGCUGGAUGUGCCGUUGGGGAGGGGGGCUGGAGCGCAGGUGUGGGUGGCGAGGGGGAGGGGGCGCAACAAGGCGGACGCGGAGAGGAGCUGCUGCGUGGCUGCGUGUGAGCGCCUGCACGAGCUGGGGCUGCUCAAGGCACCUUCCUCCUCCAACCUUGCUGCCCUGGGAGGGCAGAGCGGUGGUGGAGGCAUGCUGACCAAGGAUCAGGGACAGACCCCGCGCCUCUCCCUCGAUCCAGCCGACAUCACCCUUCUUGAGGACGUGCUCUCCGAGUUCCACUCCAGCCUGCCCAAGCCACCGUCUCUCCCUCCCCCCUCGCACUCGCCUCCUCUCCCCUCCCACCCUCCCGACUACACCACCCAAGGCAAUGGCUUGCUUCCCCGCCCUCACUCCACAGGCACGCUCCCUUCCUCCUCCUCCUCGCUCCCGUACCCCUCUGGUUCUGGAUCUAACGCAGCAGCAGCAGCAGCAGCAGCAGCAGCAGCAGCAGCAGCAGCAGGGGGAGCAGCAGCAGCGGCGGCAGCAGGAGCAGCAGCGGCGGCGGCGGCAGCAGCAGCAAUGGAUGUAUCUGGACCGUACCCGAGGGAUCCUUACCUGGAUGAACGGUUCAGAUUGGCUGCUGAGAGGAGGAGCGCGGCAAGGGAGAUGGAGGACAGGUGGAGAGCGAGGGAGAGGCUGCCAGCGUGGAAGGAGAGGGAUGCAGUGGUGCGCAUGGUGCAUGCAAACCCAGUGUCGCUCAUUGUUGGAGAGACUGGCUGUGGCAAGACCACCCAGGUAGGGGGAUAG